ACGCUGUCAUCUACCGCGCACCGUUAUCCGGGCCAAGUUGUCAUCUACGUUUCAUCUUCUCCAGCAGACAACCGUGUUUUUCCCAACCGUACACGGCGGGCCUCGGUGACACUUAGGUGCGGGACAAACGCUCAAGACACUUCCUCUAUUUUUCCAGAGCGGAGAAGCAGCUUUUAUCGAGGAAUUUUCUCUGCAAUUACAAGAAGGCGCAAGAGAUGAAGUUGGACAGGGGUUGGAUGUGGUGCAUGCUGCUCCUGUCCUACCUGGCUGUGGCAGCCGUGGCGUGCCAGGAGAAGCAGCUGGAGGGUGAUGUUUCAGACGUCAGUGAAGAUAUGGGCCUGGAUGAGGAGGAAUUAAAGGUUUUGAUGGCAGAAGAGGACGAGGAGGAUCAGGAGGAGGAGGCGACGGUGAUGGAUGAAGACCACUCUGAUGAGACAGACACAGCAAGUGGGAAGGCUGGAACAGAUGCAAAUGUCUCCUUCCAGGUAACAUACAAGACUCCUGUUCCCACUGGAGAUGUCUACUUUGCAGAGACGUUUGAUGAUGGAUCACUGGACAGAUGGCAGCUGUCAAAGACAGUGAAGGGGGAUGCAGAUGACGAAAUCGCCAAAUAUGACGGGAAGUGGGCUGUGGAGCAGCUGAAGGAGAACAAAAUUCCAGGAGACCAGGGACUGGUGCUCAAGUCCAGGGCCAAACACCACGCAAUCGCCGCAAUGAUGGACAAACCCUUUGUGUUCCAGGAUGAACCUCUGGUCGUACAGUAUGAGGUGAAUUUCCAGGAUGGUAUCGACUGUGGUGGGGCGUACAUCAAACUGCUGUCAGAUACUGACGAUCUCACUCUGGAGCAAUUCCAAGACCGUACACCCUACACCAUCAUGUUUGGACCAGACAAGUGUGGCGAGGACUACAAGCUGCACUUCAUCUUUCGCCACCAGAAUCCCCUGAACAAAGACUUGGAGGAGAAGCAUGCCAAGAGGGCCGACGUCGACCUCAAGAAGUUUUACACUGACAAGAAGACUCACCUGUACACUUUGGUCCUGAACCCAGACAACAGCUACGAGAUGUUCAUUGACCAGUCCAGCGUGAGCCGCGGCAGCCUGCUGCAUGACGUGAUCCCUCCAGUCAACCCACCCAAAGAGAUCGAUGACCCAAAUGACUCCAAGCCCGAGGACUGGGACGAGAGGGCCAAGAUUCCUGACCCUGAGGCCGUCAAGCCUGAUGACUGGGAUGAAGAUGCUCCAGCGAAGAUUGAGGACCCCGACGCUCUGAAGCCAGAGGGCUGGCUGGACGACGAACCGGAGUUUGUCCCAGACCCUAACGCUGAAAAACCAGAAGACUGGGACGAGGAGAUGGAUGGAGAGUGGGAAGCCCCGCAGAUUCCCAACCCAGCCUGUGAGACGGCCCCUGGCUGUGGGGAGUGGAAACGGCCCAAGAUCAACAACCCUCAGUACAAGGGCAAGUGGAAAGCCCCUCUGGUGGACAAUCCCAACUAUCAGGGAGUCUGGAAGCCACGGAAGACCAUUAACCCGGACUAUUUUGAGGACCUGCAGCCGUUCAGGAUGACACCUUUCAAGGCUGUGGGCUUGGAGUUGUGGUCCAUGACCUCAGAUAUCUACUUUGACAACUUCAUUAUCACCUCUCACAAGGAGGUGGCUGACCGCUGGGCCGCUGACAGCUGGGGGCUGAAGAAACUGGUGGCCAGCGCUAACGAGCCGGGGAUUUUUGCUCAGCUGAUGAUAGCAGCAGAAGAACGACCGUGGCUCUGGGUGAUCUACAUACUGACAGUCGGUCUGCCUGUAGGCCUGGCUGUGCUCUUCUGCUGGCCAAAGAAAUCAGAUGACGACUACGUGUACAAGAAAGUGGAUCUUCCCCGGGCUGAUGUAGAAGAGGAAGAGGGGGAUGAAGAAGAAGAGAAGGCAGCAGCAGAUGAGGAAGACAAAGCAGCUGAGGCUACAGAAGGCACACCAGCUGGAGCAACAGAAGAAGCUGAGGAGGAAGAGGAGGAGGAGGAAGAGGAGGAGGACGGAGCCGAUGCGGGAGAUGACAAUCUAGAGGGGGAUGAUGACGAGGAGGAAGAGGAAGAGGGGGAGGAUGAAGAGGAGGAGGGAGAAGAGGAAAGCAAAGCUCCUGAGAGAACAUUAGAAGAUGAGCCGAAGGAAGGAGGAGACGUCGCCAAAGAGAGCCACAAACAAGCUGUGAGAAAGAGGAGGGUACGGAAAGACUGAAGAGCUGAACCCCACGCCUACUGUCUCCUUUCUCCCCCGAUGCGGAGGAGGUGGAAGGGCCGACUUUGCUGCUGCUCCCCCCCACUCCGAGCAGAGCAGCACGUAUUUCCUCCAAACCACCUGGUAGCCUGCAGUCACCCCGGCUGCCCCAUCCACGUCUCCUCAAUCUUGCAGCAACACUCAUCACAGGUCCGCAGUCACCCAAACCACCCCCCUACAUCAACCCCACUCUCCUCCCGUCUGUCCCUCCCCGCUCAAUGAACUACCAAAUGAAUCCCCUGGAGAUUUUGUGCAUUUAGCCGGUUUCCCUCCUCCUCCAUCCUGAGCUUCCACACUUCCUCCAUCCUUCUUCUCUCCUCUAAGCCACGGCUGUGAAAAUGCCUGUCAGCCUAAAAAAUCCCUGCCUCUUCCACCUCUGUUCCUGUUCACCCCGUCUCCGCUGUCAGUCUUCUCUCUGAAUAUUUGCCAUCACAGAUCUACCAGUCAGAUCUACUCCUCUGAGAGUGAAGGCAGCAGAGAGCGUCUGCGCUAGUGUCAACUCCAGGCGUUCAUAACAUUUUACAGCAUAUUAUAGGGGCCACAUCUCAGAAGUUAAGCCUUUUAUUCUCUUAGUUUUAAAGAACGUGUUCGAGGAGACAGUUUGACAAAGUUCCUUCCUUGUUUGAAAUUGUUUGGGUUUCGAGAACAGGCCAGGAGGAGAGGACGCCAGGCUGCGAGGUGAUGCUGUUUGACGUGUUACUGCGGUGGCAGGACAUUUCAGCUUACACGUCGCCUCAGCUUAGGUUGAAGUUUACCUCUUUAAAAAGUGGAUGUUCUGUUUAGAGUUUAGGUAGUUUGUAAGGAGAAUCAGUUCCUUUUUGGGUGUUUUUUACUAAGUUAUAGCAAUUUAAGAAUUGAGGAUUAGCACUGAUAACCCUAUUAAUUGGUUUGUUUUACGCCAGUAUGAAAGAUUUAAUCAUGCAGUGUUUUGAGUGACUUCAAGCAGUUUUCUUAAAUAUAAGCCCCAGAUAUGCUUAUUCUGAAUCUAAAUCUGUUUAUUACACUUAGUAAAGUUUAUGAUCAAAACACUGACUGUCAGCGCUUGCAGCAAAAAUGGUAACUUUGAAAGCCUUGGUCAUUUGUUGUCAAUAAGACUGACUAGAUGUGUGGGUUUCUGCGGGGUAAUAAACCAGUCAGUACACAGCAGUGCUUUCCUAGAACAUGUAGACUAGCUGGAAAGACAUGGAUGCUAAUUUAUUUGUUUUAUAUUAUUGUCUCAAGCUUUUGUAGUUCAUGUUCUUGCCAGAUGCUGGCAGAUAUCACCGUUUACAUUUGUUUGCAAGUUGUACAUUGCUCUUGAAAAUAAAACAAUUUAAUAAAAAAAAAACAUUUGUUAGAA